CUGUAUGGGUCGAAUACCUAAGGAGCGAAUCGAAGUGGGACGAAUAGUCACAAUACCCAAUUAUAGAGGUCAAGGUUAUUUGAAAAAACGUGCUUAUGGAAACUGUCAAUAAUGUCUCAAAUCUUGCGAAUAGGUGGAAGAUUGUCAUUGUCAACGUUCAGAACUAAUGACAAACAUACUGUCUGCGAAUCUUGUUACCUUUUAAGAAAUGGUUAUUCAAAGUUUUCAACACAAACUAAACUUGGACCUAAUCAAACAUUUUUCCGUAGAAGGAGAAAGAAAAAGCAGCUCCCUGACAAGAAAGAGUUACAUCAACAAUUAGUUAAACUACUGGAUGCAUCACUGCUACAGUCAUCAGCCUCUACUGGAAAAGGGUAUCGUUAUUUAGAAUCUGAAGUCCCCUUGAAUAUAAAGCCAGAAUUCUGUAGACUGAAUAAAGAUAAUCUAAGACUUGGUUACCUGGAAACAGACAGAAAUGUUGGUUAUUUACAACAAAAUGACAGUGAACUAACAGAAGGUGUACCAUCUUAUAAACAUUCAAAAGAUGUUACGAAAGCUCAAGUAUCAAAUGUAAAUUAUUCAUCUGUGAUAGCAAAGAAAGAAUAUUUAAGUAAAGAAAAUGAACUGGACAUGUUUGAAGGAUUUAUUAAGAAACGGUAUGAUGGAUUUCAAAGACAACAUAUAAAUAAACCUGAAGAUCAGAAAAAAGAAGUAAGUACACCAAGACAGAGCCUUAAAAGUGGAAAAGAGGACAUUAAGUUUAAGAAAGGCAGCAGAAAGAAAAGAAAUAAGGCUGAGUUACAUGAACUUUAUGAGAGGAAAAGUAAAAAAAUUCAUGAUAAAAAAGUAAAAAGAAAAGAAGAAAAUGAAAAAAAUGAACAAAUAAAUAGAAAAUUGUUAAAGAACCCGCCUAAAUAUUCGAAGUUACCGUCAAAUUUAAACGUUGCUUUGUUUGAAGAGGGUCUGAAUGAGGUGAAAGCUUUGUUUAAAUAUGAGCCUGCAGAUUCAAAUUUGGAGCAGUUGGAACUAUUACAUAAUGAUGAAAGCAAUGAAAAUGUACAAGGAACUGAAGACGGUAUAGAAGUAGUAACAAAAGUUGGAGAGGAAAGUUUAGGUGAAAAUAGGGAUAGUGCUGAUAAUACUGUAGAAGAAGGUGAAUCUUUAAACGAUGUAACUGACACUAUACCAGAAGCUGAAUUGGCCGUAUUAAAAGCUUUAAGAAGGAGGAAAAAGGAUGUUCCGCAGGCUUUGACACUAGAAGAGUGGGAUGAACUUGAGAUGAUGCACAACGUAUUCCACGAGGACACAACUGCUGGCGAAGAUAUCAAAUAUGAUCAUAUAGUUUCUGAUUGGGCACCUGAUGUAAAACACAUUGAAGGGAUAUUAACAUCUAAGGCACAAAAGAAAUUGAAAGAAAAACAAAAAAAGGAAAAGUGGAAACAUUUAACUGUUGACGAAGAUCUGAUUCUGCAUAGUAAACAAGAAAUAUUUAAUGAAGAUUUACUCUCCUAUGUCGGGGCUUGUAUAAGUGUUGGUAUAGCUGACAGAGCCUUGGAAGAUAUAAGAAUGUACCGAGCCAAAAAUGACAUAAAAUACAAAAUUACUGAUGUGAGGACAUACAAUCUGCUACUUCGAGGUCUCGGGAAAGAGGAGACGGACUUGUCAAAAGUUCGGGAUGUGUUCUCGUACAUCAGGGAGGACGGAUUGAGUCCAACAUUAGAGACAUACAUGGUUUGUUUGUCGUGUAUUGGGAAAUCCAGUGACUACAAUGUCAUGAUGGCAUCUUUAGUUGUUAGAGAUAUGAUAAAUGAGGGUUUGGAUGUAAAGGACAUCUUUAACAAGUGUACGUUUGUGUACAAUGAAAGAUGCAGAGUCUAUCAGAUACUGAAAGAGGUUAUUCCAGACUUUGAGCCGAACCCACCCGUUGUUAGAACAGAUUACAGUGGAGAGUUGGUGGAGCCUCUUAAUGAAAUGUUGCCUAAAGAGGAGAAAGUAGAGAUUAAUCCAUUUACUUGUGGGAUGAGUAAACAGGAGAUUCUGAAUGCUGCAGAGGAACAGUUUGUGAGAGAACUUGAUGGGCUUGUGACAGUCAAUUCAAUAUUCAAGUCUAAUAUGGAAUCAGAUGAUAUAAAGAACGAGACAGUAGAACAAAUACAAGAACAGUGGCGAAAACAAAUCAAGGAUGCUUUCUUAGAGCGUAAGAGCCUAGAACGUUUAAGAGCAUAUAGGAUGGAGGGGAUCAACAUUUACCCAUUCUUGUGCCUUUUUCCAGAUGAUGACUACGUCAACAUUCUAUGUCAGGAGCUGAAUAUGUGGUUGUCAUUUUCAAAGAUGUUUAGCCCUGCUUGUGCGUUUCUCCGUAAAUCUAUAAUCACCAAAAUUAAACAGAGGUUUAGUAUACAACAAAUGAUCGAAAUGGACGCGUUUCCAAAGGUACAUAAGGCGUAUUCCACAUACAUUUCGCACCUUGUUAACUCGGAGGAACAAGUGAAGUCACAGAGAGAGUUGUGGAAAGAAACGAUGGAGAAUUUAAGUGAUGGGAACAAUAUAGAAAGACCCUUUGUUGAAUGGUCAGAGUCCAUUAGAUUAACGAUUGGAGAUAUUUUCUUUGAUUUAAUUGUGAAGAACACGAAGUUUGAUUCAAACAUAACAAUUGAUGGACCAAAGAAAAUGACUGAUGCUUUCUUUCUUGUUGAGAGGUCAAGAGAUGGGACUCGUAACUUAGAAGUCAGGCCCAACCCUACACUUAUUACACUACUAAAUGCACAAGCAGAUCUGAUUAUGCCAACUGAGACAUUGCCUAGUUUGUGCCCACCAGUACCUUUUCUAGGUCCUAGGCAUGGAGGCAACUUUAUCAGUACAGUGAAUCUUUUACGUUGGUGUACACCUCAACAGAUAGAAACUUUGGAAGAAAAAACAGAUGACGCAGGACCUGUUUUGGACAGUCUGAAUAUCCUGUCAACCUAUGCAUGGAAAGUGAAUAAACCUGUACUGGAUGUUGCUAUCAGGGUGUUUAAAGAAGGAGGUGAUGAAGAUUUAGAUAUUCCUAUAUUACCUGAGAGUAUUAAGAAGCCUCGGAAACUCCAUGCUGAGUAAAUUAUUAGUUUUUGCUUUUUGUUAAUUAUAUGGGUAUAU